AUGAUUAAAAAGGGACCAUUUCGACAAUAUAAUGUUCAUUUACCAAUUGAAUUGAAUAAAUUAACUAAAUCAGAUUUACCGUUUAUAAAUUUGCUCCUCCUAAUUUCAUUGGUUAAAUUUUAUCAAUUGUAUAAACCUGACAAAAUUGUUUUUGAUGAAAUUCAUUUCGUGUCAUAUAUUAAUAAUUAUUUCAAAGGUGAAUUCUUUGUCGAUGUUCAUCCACCAUUAGGUAAACUAAUAUAUUAUUACAUUGCAAAAUUAGCUGGUUAUAAUGGAGAAAUGGAUGGGUUCGGAGUUAUAGGUGAUUCAUUUGGAACAUUUCCUUAUUUACUACUUCGUUCGUUUAGCUCAAUUAUAAGUGUUGUUACUGUGCUCAUUAGUUAUUUGAUAUUUAGGUUUUAUACUUGCCCAUUAAAGAGCUUUUUAUUUUGUUUGUUUGUCAUUUUUGAAAAUUCAAUAUUUACAAAUUCGAGAUUUAUUAUGUUGGAUUCUAUGUUGUUAUUUGGACAAGCAUUGAUUAUCUACACCUAUAAGAAAAUAGACUCAAAGCAGGUUUUUAGUAGUGGUUGGUAUAAAUGGUUGUUAUUCCUCGGUUUAUCAAUUGGAUAUACUAUUUCAAUUAAAUUAAGUGGAUUAUUUACUUGGAUUUGGGUAGGCUCUUUAUUAUUAUUCAAUUUUUGGAACAGUAUUUUAACUGAUUUAACUAUUUCCACUUAUCAAUGUUUUAAAUAUGCAAUAGUGGUAUUUUUCAAUAUUAUACUCAUUCCAUUACUGAUUUACUGUCUAAUUUUCCAUCUUCAUUUUAAUAUUUUAACAAAUCAAGGUAAUUCAAUAUUAUUAAGUUCACAAUUCAAAUCUACUUUUCAAGAUUAUACUCCACAACCACUUGAUGUACUUUAUGGUUCUACAAUCACGUUAAAACAUCUAAACACUGAAAGAUAUCUUCAUUCACAUAAAUUAACUUACCCAGGUGGUUCAAAUUUACAACAAGUUACAUUAUAUGAAUUUGAAGAUGAUCAAAAUGAAUGGAUUGUUGAAAAUAAAUCUAAAUUUAAUGAAUUUAAAUUAAUGAAUCGUACACAACAAGUUAAAGAUGGAGAUAUUGUUAGAUUAUAUCACAAAAGUACUGGUAAAUAUUUACAUGUGAAUAAAGAUAUACGUCCACCAAUUUCAGAAAAAGAAUAUAAUCAUGAAGUGAAUUGUAAUUCCACAAGAGGAUUAUUAGGUGAUGAAGAAUAUGAAUUUAGAUUAAGAAUAGUUGGAAAAUCAAAAAGUUCAAAAAAUCAAUUACCAUUAAUUAAAUUAAGAACAUCAGAGACUAUUUUUCAAUUAGUUCAUCGUCAUUCCAAAAAAUGUGUAUUAUAUGGUCAUGAUACAAGAUUACCCCAAUGGGGAGAAAAUCAAAAUGAAGUUUUAUGUGUUGAAGAACCUACUAUUCCAAAUAGUUUGUGGUACAUUGAGACUAAUGAACAUCCAUUAUUACAAGGGACGGAUAAAAUUGUUGAGUUUAAUAAAAUGACUAUAUUUGAAAAACUUUAUCAUUUACAUAAAACAAUGUUUAAAUUGAAUUCAUCAUUUACUUUAAAAAAUCCAAAUAGUUCAAGUCCUACAACUUGGCCAUUAUCAAUAAAGGGAUUAUUAAUGUUUAAUGAGGUAGAUUUAGAAGAUCAAACACAAAUUUAUUAUAUGGGAAAUUUACCAAUUUAUACUUUUGGAAUUACAUUAGUUAUAUUAUCAAUUAUAAAGAACCUUUAUAUUUUCUUCAGGUACAAUUUUAACUCAUACACAGAAAACAAAGACAUUCAUUAUGAUUAUUUAUUAGGUUUCUUAAUCAAUUACAUUCCUUAUUUUUACAUGAAUCGAAAUUUAUAUUUACAUCAUUAUUUACCAUCAGUAUACUUUAUAAUACUAUUGAUAUCAAAUUAUUUUAACUCCAAAAACUUGUUCAAGAAUGUUAUAUUUGGCAUGUUAUUAAUCAGUUCCGUUUAUUGGUUUUACACAUAUUCAUUUUUGAUAUUUGGAUGGAACGGUAUAACAUUUGACACUUGCAAAUCACUAAAACUUUUCAAAUCUUGGUCAUUCAAUUGUAGUACAUAUUUAUAG